AUGGAUUCACUCCCGGUGUCAUCAGCUGGUGGACAAGCCGCUGCCAUUGACGACGAAUUGAGAGGACUCACCCUGACAGUCUCUAGCAACACCGGUACUACCAUGGCUAUCCAAGAGGAAGAGUGCGGCCAGCGUGGUGCCCUUCAAGGUUUACAGCCGGAUCGUAGGGUCGCAAGUCUCCCUCCUGGUUGCAGAACUGGAGACAACGACUUCAUGUUCCGAGAGCAACAGCCCAUGUUUCCCUUCGACACCGUGAACAUCCUCGGUGCAAACACCGGCGGCGGCGUUUGCAGCGGCGGUGGUAACCGGGCGGCCGAUGACAGGAGUGAGAGCGGGACUCGCGCUUAUAGCAGCACCGGAGUGCGUGGAGGCAAGGGCCCCGUCUUUGCCGUAGGUAGCAGUGGAGGCGCUAGGGUUGCUGCCGGAGGUGCGGCAGGCGGGGGAGGAGACGUGCGAAGCAAGAAGAGGUCGGCUAGCAGAGGCAGUGGCCGCGACGGACUUGGAGUAAUGUCUGGCACCGCUAAGCUCAAGCCAAGACCUCGCAUCACUUCCACCGCCACGAAGCCGCGUGACGUCGCCACCGCCAAGGCAUCGUUGAGGACCGAGGCAGACAUCCAGGGAGUGGUGGACGAGAUAAAAAAACGUAAUCCGAACAACGGUGGGGGUCGGCAGGCAAAAGGAGGUCGCUGGACGGCUGAAGAGGACGACACUUUACGCAGCAUCGUGAGCCGCGACGGAGAGGGGAAGUGGAAGGAAAAGUCGGAGGAGCUCAACUACGUGAUGGCCAGCCACUACGAGGCCAUGGCCGCAGUCGCCACCGCCAAGGGCGAUCAUGCCGUACAGGAGUACGGAAGAGUCGCCGCGCAAUGCUUGCACAGGUGGAAGAAAGUUUUGCAACCGGGGUUAAACAAGCGACACUGGACCCCAGAAGAGGACGAAAUAGUUCGAGGGGCGGUAUUGAGCGCGCAGGCGAUCGGGGCGGUGAAGUGGAGCCUUGUGGCCGUGCUUCUUCCGGGAAGACUGGGCAAGCAGUGCCGCGAGCGCUGGUUUAAUCACCUCGACCCGACGGUAAAGAAGACGGAGUGGACACCUCAUGAAGACGAGGUGCUGUUCAAUGCGCAGGCGUUUUUCGGCACCCGCUGGUGCGAGAUCUCAAAGUUCCUUCCCGGUCGCACGGAAAAUGCCGUCAAGAACCGGUACAACUCCUCCGCGAGGCAGAAGUGGUUCAGCAGCCAACCCCAGGCAAACGGCCGCCCGGCCAACAAGAAGGCGGCUUCCAAGGCUUUCCUCGAUAGACUCAUGGACACGCUCGGAAAAGACGGCGGAGGAGGUGGCGAUGGCAACGGUGGCGAGGGUUUCUGCUCCGGUAGCAAGCGCACCCUGGAGCGGAACGCCAAGCCAACAAAGCCUAACCCGUUUUCCGGGCAGCUUCCUCGUUCCGCACUCCACUCGUUCUCCUCGCCAGGUAGCAAGCCGGCAAAGAGGCAAAGGGUUCAGCUGCCGGGCCUCCUCAACCAGCAGAACACCGGUUUCCUCGGCUCUUCUUCCCUGGCGGGAACACUCACCGGCCUCCCGUACACGACCAACGAUACCACUGCUGCCGCUGCUUCUGUCGCUGCUGGUACGCGCUACGCCGGCCUCGGCGGCGGGGCCAGCACUGGUGCCGGCGCCGCCGUCGGCACGAUUUCCACCGGCGACGAGCUGUCUGCGGCGAUCGUGACCGGCGACAAACAACGCGAGAAGAAGAAGCACCAGGUACAGAAACAGUCAAAGCGCAGCCACAAGCGCCGCAGCGAGAGGGCCGGCUCCAUGGUCACGGCGGCCCCAAGGGUCCGCAAUUCCCACGGGGGCAAGGUGUCUCGCCACGUAUUGAAAAAGACAGCACCGCACGGACCGCGGCUUGGCGUUCCGGCAGCUCUCGCCGUCCCUUCGUCCCAGCACGAAAACGUGAUCGGCAGUUACGGAAAUCGGGAACUGGAGGCGGCAGGAGCGGCGGGGAUACCGGGCGCGCACGAGCAACACCCCACGGUCGGUGCGAUGUCCUGUCUGGAGGAGGAAGGAGGGCUCAAGAACACGGCGCCGGGAAGGAACAACGGUAACAGCGCGGGGCUCGCGGGAGGCAGCUCGGCCGCAAGCUCGCCGAGCGAUUCGCCGGCGACGGAAGAACACGACCGCCAGUCAUGCGCAACCUGGCGUCCGGGGAGCGGCGGAAUACCUCAGUGGGGCAGCGUACGUGAUGGCGACGGCUUCAGCGACCAGAGGUACGGGAGCGCGGAGGAAACAACCUUUGCAGCGGAAGCGAUCGCGAACCCGAUCAAUGCAAAUAUUGGGAGGGAGGACGGAACCUUGACCCCGGCCGCCGCCGCCGCUGCUGCUGUUGCUGCCGUCAAGACUGAAGCGGCGCAAAGGUACUUGAGGGGGGAGUGGACUCUAACUUCGCAGCGACCGCUGCCAUUGUCUUGCGGGACCCCCAUCCCGCAAUUCCACCCGUACUUCGAGCUCGCCACGAAGAAGCACAGCAAUGACAGCAACAGCAUCAGCAACAGCUCCUUUUUGUGGGGCGCUGGCACUUCCGAUUCGUCGCCAUCAUCACCAUCAGUAUUCGCGUCUGUACUAGGCGGAAGCAACAGCAACAGCAGCAGGUCAAGCUCCACCAGCAAACUCAGCCGCAGGGGCGCCUUCCACGAUUACACGAGUCAGACGGCCAAUACCGUGCCUCCUAGCAACAAGACCGUAGAAGGAGAAACAGCUAUCAGCGUCAACACGAACGGCUCGCCGCCGCCUUUGAGCAUCUCGGAACUUGCGACCGACAACAACAACAAGAACAGCAGCAGCAGCAGCCACAUCCGUGCAGAGUCCUUCCUGGAAGACUUCCUCCUAGACGACGCCAAUCCCCCCGAGCUCUCGUUCGCGCCGUCCGAGGUUUGGGGGUUGGGUAGAAGGGUGGGCUUGGGGAACGACUCGCGCAGCUCCUCCGCCACGUCAAUGAUGAUGAUGAUGAUGUUCGGCGUCGGCGUUGGCGCUUCCGGGCUGUUCAGCGGUGUAGGGGUUCCCCCCGCCGUCGCGGACAAAACAGGGCACAAUGGUAACAAUGGCGAUAUCCAUCCCGCCCCAUUGAUGCCGAACAAUCAGCGUGCGAGCAGCGGCAGCGGCGACGGUGGCAGUAGCACUGGCAUCUCCAGCAGUGCGACCGGUAGCGGCGGUAGCGUCGGUGUCAGCAGCUUGCCUUCUUCGCCCUCUACCGUCGCUUCCGCCCGCACGACGCCCAUCAGCGUACCACUCGUCCCACGCGUCCAAGGCCAGGAAGGUACCCCGCCGACGGUCUGGCAGGCUACCAACAAAGGACGCCAGGCACAAAAGGAUCCGACACCGGAACCCUUCAUCGGAUCUUCGGCCAACGGCCACUAUCCGCAGGGGAUGGCACCGUUGCCGCUGCCGUUCACGACACCCGUUCCCGCCACCGGCGCUCGUUCAUCGCCCCCCGUGGGAGAAGCGAUGAUGGCAUUGUCGGCAACCUCGCCCGCGAUCUGGACCGCGUUUUCGUCCUACCCCGCGGUCCCACCGCCUUUCUCGUGGCAAGGGGAGCGCGGUCCGAUCCCUCCGAGCGUCACCGCAGGCACCGUAGUGGGCGGCGGUGGUGGCGCGGACCAUGGCACGGGGAAGCAGCAUCAGCACACGUCGCCCGGCCAGCAGGCAGUGACUGACGAUACGGUGGUAUGCCCGAGUGAUGCUAGCGGUGCUAGCUGUGCUAGCCUCAUCGACGGACAGCAACAGCAACAGAGCCACCUGCCCCUCAAAGGCCAAGUGUCUAGUGGCCCCGCUACACCUCAUUGCGGCAAGGGAGGCAACGGCGGCGGCAUCGACCGCGGUUGUGACUUAAGAAACCGGUCGACCGCAUCACUAGCUAAGCCACGUUUGCCGACGGGUGCGGCGGUCGAUGCCCUCACCCCUGGUGGUGGCGCUUGCUGUGGCGGCAGCGGCGGCGGUGGCGGUGGCGGUACGGCCGACGGUGACCAGGUGACCGCCACAAGCUUGGACGAAGACCCGGACACCAACGGUCGUGUCAGUCUGCAUCGGAAAGCUCAGCACCAACCACCCGCGUACGUACGCUCCAGGAGACCUCCUCCCACGACCAGAGUUGCGGAGGAACCCGCUCUGCCACACUUUUCUGCUGGCGCUGAGCUACAGAGAGCAGGGCCCGCCCCAAUCAAAGAGCCCGUGGUCGUUAUCGAGCCUUCCGUCCUGCCCGGAAGCAACUAUGGCGACAGCAGCUCCCGGCCGUUCCAGCCGCUGUUGAGCGUCGACGAAGACGCCACCACUACCACCGCCGCCUCCACCCACGACCGUUUUGAGCACGUUGGCUGCCUGAAGUUGACGGAGGAAGAGAUGAUCUCCCUCGGGAGGAUCGAGACCAAGGCCGAAGCUGACAUCAUCCCGGGGGUGUUCGGCAGGGAUGACAUGACCCCGCAGCAAUGUGCUGUAAUUUGCGAGGGCGGGGGGCAAGAUGGCUUCGCGGUCACCCGAGGCGACCUGUGCACCUGCUUUGCGGAAGCAGACGCCGGGAUCUUCGAGGACAGGAAGGGUGGUGUAUGCGAUGCCCCCUGCACCGGCGACAGCUCGCAGCCAUGCGGCGGAGUUGGCUCGUUCGACGUGUACCGGCUGAGCCUCACAGGAGGCCGCGACCGGAACCAGCUCCCUCGCCACGCCACCGUCACGGUCGAAAGCACCGGAUUGCCCGUGAACGAUGAAACCACCACCACUGCCGACUUCACCGACGGCGACGCAAAGACCAACGACAAUAUUCGCCAGGGGACAGUGAAAGUCAAGACCUUCGUCAGCUGGUGGAGGCCACGCCAGCUCACCCUGGUCGACGCUUCAACCCUGAAGCUGUGCAAGAUGGCCCGCGGAGGAGGGGUCAAGUCCUGCCAGGACAUGCCCUUGGAUAGUUCGACCGAGGUGGUACGGGUCGAGGGUAAGCACGGGAGGCCCAGGAAGGACGGACGCUUCGUGUUCCGUGUUUCGACAGGAGUUCCUAGAGGUCUGACGAACAAACGGUGGGAGCUCGAUGCGGGAAGCUCCGCAGAUUUGGACAAGAGGAUGUCGGUCCUAGAGGGUGUCACAACGCGCGAUUUCGAGAAGGAGGCAGAUUUUUUCUGGGACACUCCGCGGGCGGGUGACUUGGGGGACUCGUUCAAGUUCUCCACGGAGCUCGGGCCAUUCACGUUCGCCCCCACGCCCGCCUUCCGUGGCGACAGCAUUUCUGUCGAUGACUACCCGCUCAUCCCCGGCCAGUUCCUCUCGACGGCACCGGUCGUAAACUCCGCCAACCUGGAGGUGACGGAGGUCGGGGACCUCAUUCUGCGGCAGGGCGACAUCCCGGCGUACCCGACUAACGACACACCGCUGUGGGCCCACCGUGUUACGGGGUCGGUCGGGUACACCGCCAGCGGGGGGCUAGGGUGCGCUCUGGAGGCGUGGUGGGAGAGGGCCACCAACGGCGGAGAAGACAUGGGUAUCCCCGUCCACUUGGCCGUGAAGAACGGCAGGUGGAGGGUCGGCAGGGGUUGGAUGUGCACCCUGGGACGAAGCCCCAGGGUGGCGGGAGGGUGGAGGGUCCACCUCCCGUGGGACUCCCACGGGAAGGCCCUGAAGGCAGCGUCGCUUCAGGGGCAAUGA